AUGAUUGUUUCUUCAUUUUCCUUUUGGAUUUUACUAUUAUUCUGCUUUAUUGAAAAGAAUACCAUCUUGGCAUUACCAUUAAUUGAUGCUGAAGGCAAAUGGACAAUUGUUGAAUCUCCACAAUAUCCUGAAUUUAAUGGUAUUAUACUUCAAAUUAAAUACAAACAGCAAGAAGACUCUUAUAACGUUAAUGCACAUAUAAUUAAUAGCUUCGGGUGUUUUGUACGAUUUAAUCCUGCUGCUGAUGAAUGGAAAUCUUCUUAUUGUGCCGGAACAGAAAUGUAUAUCCUAGACGAUAAAGAACGAACAAAAGAAGAUAAUCUUUUUAAAUUUAUUCGGAAUAUACAAAAGAUAAUACGUGAUGACAAAAUUUUCCGUAUUAUCACCAAUAAUGGUGAACGGAUCGAUUUAAUCCGUGCAGAGUAA